AUGUCGGUCAUCUUUGCACCUUCCUGGCUGCGAGGCAUGGUGAAGAUCAAUCAGGACAUUGUCCAGCAGCUCCUGGAGGACAAUGACCAGCUGAUCCACUAUAUUGUGGAGUAUCAGAACAAGGGCCAAGCGAACGAGCAUCAGCACGUGCUGCAUAGAAACCUCAUUUACUUAGCAACCAUCGCAGAUAGGAACACAGCCGUUUCUUCAAGAGCACCAGAAUAA